GAUGAGAGGUCUGGCACUUGACCUGAAGCCGAUACGCGUGAACCUUGUGGGUUCCGGCGGCGUGGAUACGGAGAUGUGGGAUUUGCUUGAGGGCGAGGCGAGGGAAGGCGUUCUCACUGAGUUGGCGAGGCAGCGACUACGGGGAAGGUUGGGAAUGUGGGGGAUAUUGCAGAGGCGUAUCUUUAUUGCUUGAGGAAUUGAAAUCCGUCUGGGAGAGUGAUGUCUUCGAAUGGGAGGCUGUUGGUUUCCAAGUUAGGGCUGUUUGUAGGUACUUCGAUGCCCCUGGUUGGUUGUGACGUGUAAGGGUCGGACAAUGUGCCCAGGUACUAGAUGGUAGAUGUAUUUAUACUAUGUAAAAAGAAACCAGCCCUAGUGUACGCAAGCAACGCUGUUGGAAUUGCUCAUGCUGGGUAAAUUAGGUGUUGAUUCGAACAUGGCUAGUGCGAAGGGCUGCCCGCUCCCUCGUGCUUGCCUUUCCUGAUACUAUUCCUCUUCCACGGCAGGCGCGACGCAGACUCGCUCUUUCCACACCUGAAGGCAGACACUGCCCACCAUCGCUCCUUCCUAAUUGUUUUCUUUCUCCCUGCAAGGCAGGAACAGCCCUGAUCGCCCCUUCCAACCUUGAGCCGAGUUCAUCGGACAAACGCUGAUUGGGCAGGAGAUAUCUCGGAAGCGAUAUCGGAAAUACGGAACAAAGUUUCUCGGAAUUGGUCGCCGCCACGUGAGCGGAGCUUAAUUCAAAUUUCUCACCGCUCGCCACGCCGCCCUGUACCCCUCUUCUGCCGGAUUUGCCAUGUGAGUCAAAUUAGUGGUGGGAUGCCCUGAACUUUUUCCCCUCCCAUCUGUUGUCCUGUCCCUCAAAUAUCUUCGCACUACACUUGAAUCACAAUGGCUACCGUCGAAAUGGAUUCCGCUGCGAAAGCAAGAUACGACAUCAUCGCUGAGAACCUCGCCGAGGUCAUCAACCCUGAAUUGAUCGAGCAGGUUCUCGCUGAGGGGCGCAAUCCUCGUGUCUACUGGGGAACCGCCACGACUGGUCGCCCUCACACCGGAUACUAUGUCGCCGCCCUCAAGAUCGCCCAGCUCCUCUCCGCAGGAUGCGAAGUCGUCGUUCUCCUCGCCGAUAUCCACGGGUUCCUCGACAAUCUGAAGGCGCCGCUUGAACUGGUGGACAACCGCGCGAAGUACUACCGCAAGAUCAUCACGGCCAUCCUUGAGUCCGUUGGCGUUCCCACCGAGAAGCUCGAAUUCGUCCUCGGUUCCUCCUACCAGAAGAGCCCCGAAUACGUGAUGGAUGUCUACAGGCUGUCGUCGUUGAUUUCGGAGCACGACGCCAAGAAGGCAGGUGCGGAGAUUGUCAAGCAGUCGGACAAUGCUCCGCUGAGUGGUCUUUUGUACCCAAUUCUUCAGGUGCUUGAUGAGGAGCACCUUAAGGUCGAUGCCCAGCUUGGAGGUGUUGACCAGAGAAAGCUGUUCGUGGCUGCUACCGAGUGGCUGCCCAAGCUUGGCUACCGUAAGCGCGCACACCUUGUUAACCCGAUGAUUGCGGGUCUCAGCGGAGGAAAGAUGAGCUCCAGUGUUCAAGAUAGCAAGAUCGACCUCCUCGACCCUCCGGAGGCUAUCACAAAGAAGAUCCGCAAGGCAGAGGCCGCUCCCAAGGUCGUUGAGAACAACGGCAUCGUCGCUUUGGUCGAAUUCAUCCUGCUUCCCGCCGCCGCUCUCAGAGGCAACAAGGAGUUCCGAGUUGAGCGCCGGGAUAAGGAACCCCUUGUUUACACCGAUAUCAAGCAACUGCAAGACGACUACACAAACGAUGUCCUUACGCCGCAAGAUUUGAAGCCCGCUGUUGCAGCUGCGCUCGUCAACCUCAUGGCACCCAUUCAAGCUGCUUACCAGGCCUCGCCGGAAUGGCAGGAGAUCACAGAGAAGGCUUACCCUCCGCCGGUUGUGCAAAAGAAGGUGAAGAAGGUCAAGGACAAGGGCUCCCGCUACCCCGGGGCGGGCAAGGAACAGGCUCUUCCGGAGGGUGCCCCGCGCCCUGAGCAAUAGAUUUCUCAGUUGAUCAAAUCCAAUGUUCAUUCAGCGUUCAGUCUACCCGGACCGCCUGCUUUCGGACUCAUUCUCAGUCUACAGCAUACCUUUUCUUUCUGUGCAUAUAGCGCUUUGAUGUUUAUGCCAUAUAGAGCACGUCGGGCCUUACCCUGCUUACCCCAGGCAUUGGUGGUCAAACCACCUUUGUUCCCUUCAAAUUCACUCUACGCCUUACGAUAAAAAUGCAGAAGCAGUCCUUGAUAGAUGAAAACAAAUACCCUUGUUCGAACUCCUUCAUUCUCUACCAUUACGUCCU